AUGCCAAUAUUUAGUUCAUUUAAAAAAUUUGAUUUAAAUAAUAAUAAUAAUAAAAAUAAUAAUAAUAAUAAUAAUAAUAAUAUUAAUAAUAAUAUUAAUAAUAAUAAUAAUAAUAAUAAUAACAAUAAUAAUAAUAAUUGCAAUAUGAAUAAUUUAAAUAAUAAUAAUAAUAAUAAUAAUAAUAACAAUAAUAAUAAUAAUAAUAAUAUUGAAAAUAAUAAAAUUAAAAAUUGGAAAGUUUUUAGUGAUCAUUUAAUUAAUGAGGGAUUUUCAAUGAGUUCAGUUGUCGAUAUAGAAAGUGGUGAAGUUUCAUCAGGAUUUUCAAUUAUUGGAUACCAUGAAUUACAAGAAAUUUUAAAAUUAUUAUCAGGAAAAUUUACCAUCAGCAUAAAUUUAUUAUCAAGACGUUAUUUUAUUGUAAUGCAAAGUGAAUUCUUUGUGUCAGGUCAUGAUUCAAAUACCUCAUCAUUCUUAAUACGUAGAACAAAUAAUAAAUUAAUUAUUGGCACAUUUGAAUUUGGUAAAUUAACAAUGGAUAAAGCUCAUCAAAUCAUAAAUGACAUUUAUACUCAAAUUACAAAUUCAGACAAAGGAGAAAUAGUUUCAAAUUUAUUUAUUUAA